AUGGCCGAAAACACAUCGUUUCAACCCCAGGAAGAACAGCCUGACUCCAAAAGGCAAAAGAUGUCCACCACCACCACCUCCGUCAACGACGAACAGAAUCCUGAAACGAUCCCCCGGAAGCCCAAAUACAAGCGCCGCAAGGUCGCAAUUUUCUUCGCCUACUGCGGUGUGGGCUACCAGGGGAUGCAGAAGAACCCCGGCGCGAAGACCAUCGAAGGCGACCUCGAGGAGGCCCUCUAUCUGUCCGGAGCCGUCCCCGAACCGGACAGGGGCCAGCCGAGGCGCUACGACUGGGCCCGUUCCGCCCGCACCGACAAGGGCGUCAGCGCCGUCGGCCAGGUUGUGUCGGGCCGGUUCUACGUCGAUCCGCCCGGUUUCGUCGAGCGGCUGAACUCGAACUUGUCCCCGCAGAUUCGAAUUUUUGGGUACAAGCGGGCCACGCCAUCGUUCAACGCCAAGAAGUUCUGCGACCGACGGAGGUACGUUUAUCUGAUCCCGGUUUUCGCGCUCGAUCCGUCUUGUCAUAGGGAUAGGGAGAGUGUGUUGGCCAGCGUGGGGUCUGGGAACGAACUGGUGAAGUGUUUGGAGUGUUCGGAAAGAGGGAGGAAGGUUUUUGGGGUGAUGGGUAAACGUAGUUAUGAGUCCAAAGGUGCUUCUGAGAAUGCUGAUGUUGGUUCAGGCAUUUCAUCAAACGGCGCGAGUUCUUUAGAUGAAGAGAAAUCUGUUAAAAAUUCCUUGGAGAACAAUGAUUCUGAAAAUAAUUCAACUAUCAAAACUGUGGAGGAUAAAGCUGUGUUUAUUGGUAACAGUAACAAUAUGAUAAGCUCUUUGGAAAAAGUGGUCGAUGGUGCUGAAAUUGGGAAGGCAGUGGAAGAGGGAGAUGAAUUGGAAUGCAAAAGGACUACUAACGACCAAGCGAAAAUAGAAAAUAAGAGCGAGUUCAGGUAUGGAGAAGGGGAGAAGGAGAGGUUUAACAGAAUACUCAAGUAUUAUGAGGGGACACAUAACUUCCACAAUUUCACCACACGAACGAAAGCUGAAGACCCCGCCGCCAAGAGGUACAUUCUGUCGUUCAACGGGAAUAACAUAGUCAGCAUUGAUGGAUUUGACUUUGUCAAGUGUGAGGUCGUGGGACAGAGCUUCAUGCUUCACCAAAUACGUAAAAUGAUAGGUCUUGCUGUGGCCAUUAUGAGGAAUAUUGCUCCCGAGUCGUUAAUUCAAACAGCUUUUGAUCCGAAGGCGAAUAUAAAUGUGCCUAUGGCGCCAGAGGUGGGGUUGUACUUGGACGAGUGUUUCUUCUCAUCGUAUAAUCAGAAGUGGAAGGACAGCCAUGAAGAGCUGUCCAUGAGGGAUUAUGCGGUGGAGGCUGAAGAUUUCAAGAUGAAGUACAUUUAUUCUCAUGUUGCCUCAACCGAGCACAAGGAUGGGUCAGUAGCACUUUGGCUGCAUUCAUUGAACUACCGCAAUUAUCCAGAUUUACGGUUUACAGCAAAUGAUGGCCCGAGUUGUGAUGGGCAGGAGGGGAAUGAGGCUGAUGGUUGUAAGGUACCUUGUGUGAAGCAUGAGGAAGUUAAGGACGUGGAUGGGUGA